UGGUAAAGCGUUCCCAUCAUGUGUAGUCAUUCUUUCUGUUCGACACCGCGUCUGUCUCAAACUGUGCUCUUCGGGCAGACUCUGUGUUACAAGAGCGAUGCUGCUGUUAUGGAUGACAUUCUCUCUCACAUGGUCUGGCACAAUCGGCUUUAUGAUCCACAGCAUGAAGGAAGGUCUGUGUCUGGAGGACUCAUCUGAAGGAGUUGUUGAGUUAAGGACAUGCAGUCUGGACUCGGUCCUGCAGCAGUGGAAGUGGACAGAUCACUGGUUCCUAGUAAACACAGGCACCCUGAGGUGUCUUUCUGCCAUCCACACUGACCCAGUCCAGACUAUCGCUUGUGAUUCUGGUGAACAUAUCAAAUGGCAGUGCAAAGCUCAACAGCUCAUCAGUCAGCAAAACUCUCUGGCAUUGAGCACUGAGAGAGGAAAACUCAGACUGAACAAGGGUGAACAUGACACCUGGAAGUCUCUGGAUGCGGGUGACAUCUGCCAGAAUAAACGGAGAUCCAGAAGAGAAAGUGAUUUAGAGACCGAUGAGUUUGACUUUCCUGAAGGGCCGCCUAAACAAAGAAUGACAGAGGCACAGAUGAAGUUUUUACAGUGGUAUUACCGUACAGAGGACUCAACAUCGUGGAAGUUUGGCAUGCUGGCAUUUGCUUUUCUGGGUCUUCUGAUUGGGGCGAUGCUUCUGGUCAUGGGCAUGAUGGCUAAUAGGAACAGGAAGCAAAUAGCCAAAUACAAAGCAGCCUCAAAAGUCACAGCAGUGGAAUCUGAAAUGGAGGAACUGCAGGCCAUCGUCACUGAUAAUGUCACAGAGGUCAAGGAGGAGAAAACCCAUUUCACCCCAUCUGAACCAAUUACUACACAUAACAGCCACAGGGAAUGGGAUUGGGGAGAGCCUUCAUACGAUAGCAAAGCCUCAGAGAGACUGAAGCCCGGAGAAAUUGUGGUGACCUGGAAGGACGGGAAUGUGUCUACUCUGUAUCCUGAACCUGCAGAGGAAGAGGACAUCCACAACACAGAUGCAGAGUCUAUGUCCCACAACUCCCCCCAAGGAAUAGCUUCAUCUGAGACGACUGCAUUUUAAUUUAGUCCUACUGUUUGUGUUAAUUUUAACACUAUAUUCAAGAUGGCAUCGGAUUGGUUGAUAGACUAUUUUAGAGUUAACCCAGGGCUGUAAGCACACCUACGUUAAUUCAAUUUAGUGGUGAAUUAAAAAUAUUUUUUUUCAAUGGGAAUUUCUUUCACAUUGGCAGACAAAAAUGUUUAAAUGUUUUGAAAGAAAUGACAUAGCAAUUAUUUUAAAUGCUUAUAAUAUUACUGUUCUACUGUAUUUUGUUCAAAUAAAUGGUGCGCAUUAGAUUUCUUUCAAAAACAUUAAAAGCAUUAAAGAAAUCUUAUUUAUAUUUAUAAUAAUUUGUUUUUAUUAUUUAUUUAUAAUAAUUUGUAGCUGCCAGUGUAUAUUAUUACACCAACAUAUAUGCUUAUAGUCUUGGGUCAACCAACCAUUUUUAUAAUUACAUAAUAUAUUUACACAUAUAUUAAUUUCACUUUUUAUAGUUUAUGUUUCAAAAGGUAAGUUUUACUUUUUUUAACACAAAAAAAACUUUUUUGUGUGCAUCAAAAUUGGUCAUGAACUAACUUUUUUCUAAAUCAUACAGUAAGAGUGUACCAUGCAAGCUUGCAUAGAUUAAAUAAAAAUUUUCAUCUUCAUAUUUUUAUUUUUAUGCUUCCCAUAUGAAGCACUGUAAAUUAUUCUCUUCU